CCCAUCAUCAAAGUAAAUUAUGUGCGCCUUUUUAUUUCUCUCUCAAGCAAAGUCACCAAAAGCGCCCCUCUCUCUCUCUUCUCUCUCCUCUCUCUCUUCAAUAUCAAGCAAGCAAACACUGUACAAGAAGAAGAACAGAGGCCACACAGAGAGUGGGAGGAGGGGAGAGUGAGUGAGUGACCGAGUAAGCAAAAAACCCUCCAAAAACCCACCAAACAAAAUGACAUCAAGAGCCAACCCGAACCCGACCCCCAAUGGAACCGCAAACGGCGAGCACAGACCACGGGGCCCACCGCCACGACCACCACCGUCGUCGUCAAACCCCCAUAACAGCAACCACCACCCCUACUACCCAACGACGUCAUCUUCCUCCUCCUCCUCAGCCUCCUUCAAAGGCUGCUGUUGCUGCCUCUUCCUACUCUUCUCAUUCCUCGCCCUCCUGGUCCUCGCCGUCGUACUCGUCAUUAUCCUCGCCGUCAAGCCCAAGAAGCCGCAGUUCGAUCUCCAGCAAGUCGGUGUCCAAUACAUGGGCAUCAACUCACCCAAUCCCACCCCCGCCGCCGCCGCAACCGCCGACCCCAACCAAAACCCUACCUCCGCCUCCCUCUCCCUCAGCAUCCGCAUGCUCUUCUCCGCCGUGAACCCUAACAAGGUCGGGAUCAGGUACGGCGAGUCCAGGUUCACCGUCAUGUACCGCGGGAUACCAUUGGGCAAGGCCUCCGUGCCCGGGUUCUUCCAGGACGCGCACACUGUACGGCAAGUCGUCGCCACCAUCUCCGUCGAUCGAGUCAAUUUGCUUCAGGCCGACGCCGCCGAUUUGAUCCGAGACGCUUCGCUCAACGACCGCGUCGAGCUCAGGGUCUUGGGUGACGUUGGCGCCAAGAUCCGCGUCUUGAACUUCGAUUCCCCUGGCGUUCAGGUGUCCGUGGAUUGUGCAAUUGUUAUAAGUCCAAGGAAGCAGUCUCUUACUUACAAGCAGUGUGGAUUUGAUGGAUUGAGCGUCUAGCCCUCCAUCUCACUUCACUUAACAGUAACAAAUUCCCACUCUCCCAAGUUUUACAGUUUUUUUCUUUCUUCUUGUAAUUUUCACUCUUCAAAUUGGGAGAGAAAUGAAAAGAUAAAAAGGUUUUAAAAAAAAAAGAGGGGUAAACAAAAGCCCCCAAGUGAAUGGAGUUGUAGAGUUGUAGCAAAGAGGGAAGGAAAAGUUUAUAAAUUUUGGGUUCCAAGAUUUUGCACAAGUUUUAGAUGAUGAUGUUGGUUUUGGUUUCUUCACCUGGUGGAAACUUGGAGAGGGCAAAGCUGCUAACUACGUGUAAAGUGUAAAAACUGCCGCUUUCUUUCUAUAAUGCAUUUUCACGCCCCAUUUGGCUAUAUAAUCCUCUCUUCCCUCC